AAAAGAUUGAUUACGCGGUAUUUAAAAAAAAACUUUUUUUUUUUUGUCUUUCACCCGUUUUCUGUUCUCUCCCUCUUUUUCUUCCCAUUUUUAUUUUUAAUUUUUCUCUUUCAAAAGUUUUAUCUUUAUUUCCCUUUUCUUUGUCAACUAUCUAACAUAUUCACAUUCCUACUAUUUUCCCAAUGAAAAGACCGAAUAAAAAGAUCAUUGCAGUGGAACUUGAUCAAAUUCUCGUGCGAACCUUGGAUACCUUUUUGGCCUGGCAUAAUGAUACUUACAAUACUGAUAUGACCAUGACGGAUGUGUACUACAACUGUACGAGAGAUAUGACUCGGGUGUUUGGUGGGACAAAAGAAGAAGGUUGUGCCAAACUACGUGAAUUCUAUGACUCAACUGCGUUCCAUGAUAUGGUACCAUUGAAGGAUAAUGACGACGAUAGUUCUGGUAGCGAUGACAAUACUCAACAACAACAACAACAACAAUGGGGUGCUUUGGAAGUAUUACAAGCUCUCAAGAAACGAAAAUGGGUAUUGGUGAUUGUAACUUAUCGUCCUCAAUUUACUCAAGCAACUACUCAACGAUUUAUUGAUCGUUAUUAUCCAGGUCUUUUCGAUGGAAUAUAUUAUUGUAAUCAAGGACUUUCCGUAGCAGAUCAAUUAGAUUAUGUACCUAAACCUAUUGCUAUCAUGUGUCAAGAAAUUGGUGCAGAUUAUCUUAUUGAUGACACCCUGGAACAUUGUUUGGAUUGCAGCAUGCUGGAUAUGACGCUCUUACUGUAUGAUCAUCAUGGUAAAUACACCUACAACCAUAUUGUACCUAAUAAACGACCAAGAUAUGGCCGACCCACUUUGACUUCCACAUCCAAACAACUUUACCAACGUUCCGCUAAUUGUACUUCCACUUUACCCAAAAAUGUGAUCCGUGUGAAAUCUUGGAAGGAUAUUUUGGAUCAAUUCCCUAUGCCAACCAGUCCCUUACGGUUUUGUCACUAUCCUAUAUCAUCCACCACUAAUCAAAGAUCAAGGCUAAAAACAACAACAACAUCAACUACUACUCAGGUGACUUCUUGGUCCACGGGCAAAAGACAUUAUGAUCAACUCUACUUACCGGAUGAUAUGAAUAAUGACGAUAAUAAUGACUACCAUAGCGAUGGUAACGACGACAACAUUGAUGAUGAUGAUGAUGAUGAUCAAGAUGAUGAAGAACAAGAAGAUGAAGAUGAUGAUGAUGACUAUCGAUCUACUUGGAGUGACCGUGAUGCUAUUGCCGUUUGAAACCUCAUUACUUUUGUUUGUACCUCCUCGUUUAGUUUAGUUUUUGCAUACUUUGCCACAAAAGAUUGAUUCUAUUGUUUUUCAUACCCCCUUCUCUUCUUUCUUUACUAUUAUGAUUUUUCUUUUAUAUUCAACUCCUACUUUUUUUUUCCCCCAACCCCCUUUUGAAUUCCUAGUUUGGUGUAGACACUUAUACAAAAAUUUUUUUUUACCAAUAAAAAAAGAAAAUAUGCAUUUUGAAAUGCCGCG